UGGAACGUUAUUUUCAACCAAGUGGUCAUGACUUCAGAGGAAGGCAGAGGGGGGAACUAAAAUCCACAUUUUACUUUCACUUUCACAGCCUCGGUAGGCUAGGUUAUUAACCACACAGUGUUUUAGCAUAUCUCAUGUGAAUUUACUUUUACGAACGAACUAACAAAUAUGUCCAAACUAACGCUUAUCCGAUUGUGCUUCUGGCUUUAUCUGGUGCGAACGGUGGUCUCCGAAGAUGAUCUUUCUCUUAAAGUGGGAGGUGAGCUGGUGUUGAAACCAGAUAAGUCCACAGUGACUGACCCCAUCACAAGCAUCGCAUGGAAGCAUGGGAAGAACAAGGUGGCAGAGUGGGACAAGGAUUUUGGUGGUCUGGACAUCUAUGCUGCCUUCAAAAACCGUACAACCCUGGACCAGACUACUGGAGAGCUGAGAAUCAGUGGAUUGAUGAAAACAGACAGUGGAGUUUAUUCUGUGGAGUUCAACAGCAAACUGCCUGACAAGACAUAUAAGCUAUCUGUUUUCAAGGCUGUCCCCAAACCCACAAUCACUUCUUCCUGUAACACCAACAAAACCUCCUGCACUCUGACCUGUGAAGGUGACACCACUGAUGCUGAACCAGUCACCUACAGAUGGAAAGAGGGAGAGGGGGCAUGGGAGGUUGUAGGCAAACAGCUUACUGUCUCUAAGAGUGACACUGGCAAAUCAAACAAUGGUUACAAUUACACCUGCAAGAUGAAGAAUGCUGUUAGUGAGGAAGUCAGUGAGGUGUUUGGUCCAGAGCGUUCCAAUACCGGUGCUGUUGUUGGUGGUGUUGUCGUUACCAUUGUAGUGCUUGUUGCCGUCAUAACAGGAUUUUUGGUGUGGAAGAAACAGACAGGAUAUCCCCAAGACACCUGGAUCGACUUUUUGAGAAAGUAUUGUAGUGGAAUGUGUGGGGAUGCAGGCAACAUUCGGGAUGAUGUUGCCCCGGAUACUGUUUAUCACACUGUAGGGGAUGUUCAGGUCACCAACCGUGGAUCUUCAGGGGUUCUCUCUGGGGUUGCCAUGGAUACAGUUUACAGCACUGUAGGAGAGAAGUCUUCUAGAGAUUACUCCAUGAAUCAGACUAAUAACAAUCAGCCCACUAACACAGCUAAAGGCAGUGAUGGAGUCCAGCCAGAACAAGGGGUUUUACUAACGGGGGAAGACGACGCAGACAAAGCUGAAAAGGGACAGGGGAAUGGAGCUGCUGAAGCCAGUGGAUCCAACAGUCAUAAAGAUGAAUCAAAGCCUGAGACUAAUGGCAGUGAUGUAGUCCAGCCAGAACAAGCUGGUGGUCUUCCUGGUGGGGUAACUGAGGACCAGAAACAUGGGGUUUGAAGGCUCUCAGUACAUGCCUUCAUAUGUUAUACUGAGACAAACAACCAAGAAGAGAGAAACAUGUUUGAACCGUUGGAGAUGUUUUUAAUGAAAUGUAAAAUGAAGAGAAACGACAAGCAAAUAUUGCACAAAGUAACAUGCAUUCAAUCAGAUGAAGUACAUUGAGCUACAAAGUAUUGGCACAGAGACAACUUUUACCCGAUAUGGAUGAGAAUACCCUCAAAUUAAAACUGGCAGUAUGCACUUUAACCUCAGUCAUUGUAUCAUUUCAAGUACAAAGCCAAAACAACCAAAAAACGUGUCACUGUCCCAAAACUUUUGGAGCUCACUGUAUAAUGUUUGAAUUUUCUGUACUUCAGAAAUAUGAGGGCAAUAUUUGUAUCUCAGAACAUUUGAUGGACAAAAACAAGAGAUGGUCUUAUACUUUGAGGUAAAUAGCUUUGAAUUCUUACCCUUUCUCAGUAUUCAUGUCUCAUCUUUACAAAUCUCAAUCAAUUUGUGGAUGUUUUUUUUUGAUUGAAGCCUUAGUAUCAAUCAUUUAGUGGUUGUAUGAUUCCUUUUCAGGUAUUUUCCCCAGAGUGCUUUAUGCCAACCCACUGCACUUUUUGCUUUUAAUCGUAGAUUGUGAAUCUCUUAUGUAAUUGAAUAAUUUGGCAAAGUCUAGGUGUAGGGAAAAAGUCUAGGUGUAGGGAAAAAGUCUAGGUGUAGGGAAAAAGUCUAGGUGUAGGGAAAAAGUCUAGGUGUAGGGGAAAAGUCUAGGUGUAGGGAAAAAGUCUAGGUGUAGGGAAAAAGUCUAGGUGUAGGGAAAAAGUCUAGGUGUAGGGGAAAAGUCUAGGUGUAGGGAAAAGUCUAGGUGUAGGGAAAAAGUCUAGGUGUAGGGAGAGACUGUUGGUUGAUAGGAACCAGGCCUGAGAGGUAGCGCUCAUCCUCAUCUGCCUUGUAAAGAGAGAGAGAGCUCUGCAGUACUGAGAUGUUUUAUUACUUAGAGAGAGCUCUGCAGUACUGAGAUGUUGUAUUACUAAGAGAGCUCUGCAGUACUGAGAUGUUUUAUUACUAAGAGAGAGCUCUGCAGUACUGAGAUGUUGUAUUACUAAGAGAGCUCUGCAGUACUGAGAUGUUGUAUUACUAAGAGAGCUCUGCAGUACUGAGAUGUUGUAUUACUAAGAGAGAGCUCUGCAGUACUGAGAUGUUGUAUUACUAAGAGAGCUCUGCAGUACUGAGAUGUUGUAUUACUAAGAGAGAGCUCUGCAGUACUGAGAUAUUUUAUUACUUAGAGAGAGCUCUGCAGUACUGAGAUGUUUUAUUACUUAGAGAGAGCUCUGCAGUACUGAGAUGUUUUAUUACUAAGAGAGAGCUCUGCAGUACUGAGAUGUUGUAUUACUAAGAGAGAGCUCUGCAGUACUGAGAUGUUUUAUUACUUAGAGAGAGCUCUGCAGUACUGAGAUGUUUUAUUACUUAGAGAGAGCUCUGCAGUACUGAGAUGUUUUAUUACUGAGAGAGCUCUGCAGUACUGAGAUGUUUUAUUACUAAGAGAGAGCUCUGCAGUACUGAGAUGUUUUAUUACUUAGAGAGAGUUCUGCAGUACUGAGAUGUUGUAUUACUAAGAGAGAGCUCUGCAGUACUGAGAUGUUGUAUUACUAAGAGAGAGCUCUGCAGUACUGAGAUGUUUUAUUACUUAGAGAGAGCUCUGCAGUACUGAGAUGUUUUAUUACUAAGAGAGAGCUCUGCAGUACUGAGAUGUUGUAUUACUUAGAGAGAGCUCUGCAGUACUGAGAUGUUUUAUUACUUAGAGAGAGCUCUGCAGUACUGAGAUGUUUUAUUACUUAGAGAGAGCUCUGCAGUACUGAGA